GGGGGGUGGGGUGCCUCGCUGAGGGAGUAGUGCGCAGGCGCACUGCCUUUCGCGUACGAGACAACAUGGCGGCAAACGGGGAAGCAUGAGUUAUCUCAUUCAAAGGCAGCAAAAUGGCUAGCAACAAUAUAAAGUACAUCUUUGGGGAGUUCAGCCCUGAUGAAUUUAAUCAAUUUUUUGUAACAUCACGCAGCUCUGUUGAACUUCCCCCAUUUAACGAUAAAGUCCUGCAUGUCAAUCAAUCAGCAGGAGAUGGAAAUGAUUCCGAUAUUGAAGAAAAUGAUUCGGAGCCACCUGGACUGCAGAGCAAUGUUUACAAAGUCUCCAGUACAUUGAAUCCACAGGCACCAGAAUUUAUAUUGGCAUACCAACCUGUGCAGAAAUCGUUAGACAACUUGUCAGAAGAAGCUGCCUUUAGCUCGAUUGACUGUCAAUUUGGAGAGGGUAAUAUUUCUCUGGACAGUGGCAAUUGCCAGGGGAAUGAUGAUCUCGUCUACCGAGAACAAGGGCCGAGAGAAAGGAGAAACAAGAAGAAAAGACCGCCUGGUUAUUAUAAUUACCAGGAAGGCGUGAGUGAUGCAGGCAGUCCUACUGAAGCUUUGGAUCUUGUUAACGGGCAUGUGUUAAAUCCGGGACUAAUUGAUAAUAGCAUGGAAGAGGUUGAAUUGCUUGGCCAGAAGGAGGUUCCUGAAUCUCAUGGACCUAUUUCUUCAAAGGCUAAUCAGAGGACUUGUGAAAGCCCUGAGAAUGAUGCAGACUUCAUUAGUGGAGCGUUCUGUAAUGACUCAGCCUCUCGUGCACUAGACGAGGCCAGGACAGCUGAGCAGCCUGGAUUUGAUGCUGAGGUAAACACCGAGGCUAAUAACGAUGAGGCUACUGUUGAGGUUAAUUCCACUGAACAGCUUAGUCUCUCAGAGACAGAAAGGAGUAGUCCAGUAAGGACAGCUAUUGCACAGUCAUGUGCAGGCGCAGAUAUCAAUGUGGAUGUUAAAAAUGAACAAACACUGGAAUCCUCUGGUGAUAGUGCUGUAACACUUCCUAGUUCCUCUGUUGGGGCAGGAUUGCAUACUGAUAGCACAGAAUGUGAGCAGGAUAAACCAGAGGAUACGUGUUCAGUUGAGCCAGAGCAGACUGCCUUAGCCCCUUCUACAGCUUCUGCUCCUUUGCCUGCCAAAUCAUGGGCUAGUCUUUUCCACAAUUCAAAGCCCUCUUCGACAGGACCUGUGGCCUAUGUUGAGGCAAAGUGCACACCAACCAAUGCUUCUGUUCAGUUUCCUGAAAAACAGCCAGAAAUGAGAAUUGAUUCGCCCGUUCCAGUGUCUGAGGAUUCUGUAGCCCAAAAGAUAGCAGAACUGCUGGAAACUGUGAAACUGGUACAUAAACCAGUGUCUUUGCAACCUCGAGGUCUGAUCAACAAAAGCAAUUGGUGUUACAUCAAUGCUACUCUGCAAGCUUUGGUUGCUUGUCCACCCAUGUAUCACCUGAUGAAGUCAAUUCCGAUGUUUAGUGAGACACAGCGACCUCGCAGUUCUACACCAAUGAUUGACAGCUUCGUUCGACUGAUGAAUGAGUUCAGUACAAUGCCAAUACCCUCCAAGGCAAAACCGGGUACGGGUGAUAAAAGUGUUAAAGAUAUUCGCGCUGGAGUUCCUUUCGAACCAACCUACAUAUAUAGACUUCUGACAGUUAUCAAGUCAAGUUUAUCCGAAAAGGGCCGACAAGAGGAUGCUGAAGAAUAUUUGGGCUUUAUUCUAAAUGGUCUUCAUGAAGAAAUGUUGACACUGAAGAAACUAAUUACUCCACAGGAUGAAAAAAAUACAGUUUCAAAUGGACCUGAAUCGCACCAAGGUGCUGAAGAAGACCAGGAGGAACAAGGUGAGGGUAGUGAAGAUGAAUGGGAGCAAGUAGGUCCCCGGAAUAAAACGUCUGUCACACGCCAAGCUGACUUCAUUCGCACUCCCAUCACUGAUGUCUUUGGUGGACACAUAAGGUCUGUUGUUUACCAGCAAAGCUCCAAGGAAUCUGCCACCCUCCAGCUAUUCUUCUCACUGCAGCUUGAUAUACAGUCAGAGAAGAUUCGUACAGUGCAGGAUGCUCUGGAAAGCUUGGUGGCCAGGGAGUCUGUUCAGGGAUAUACCACUAAAACCAAGCAAGAAGUUGAGAUUUGUCGUCGUGUUACCUUGGAAGAAUUGCCCCCUGUUCUUGUCCUGCAUCUUAAGCGCUUCAUUUAUGAAAAGACUGGGGGAUGCCAGAAACCGAUCAAGAAUAUCGAUUACCCUAUCGAUCUUGAAAUAAGUAAAGAUCUCCUUUCCCCUGGUGUGAAGGGUAAGAUUUCCAAAGUCCAAAGAACCUAUAGGCUCUUUGCAGUUGUCUAUCACCACGGAAACAGUGCAACCGGUGGACAUUACACUACCGAUGUCUUCCACAUUGGUCUUAAUGGCUGGCUGCGCAUUGAUGACCAGAUCGUGAAAGUGAUAAAUCAGUACCAGGUUGUGAAGCCCUCUGCUGAACGUACAGCCUACCUCCUGUACUACCGCCGCGUUGAUCUGCUGUGAACUGUCACUGCUGUGUUGCUCCAGCAUCUUGCUUCCCAGAGCACCAACUGUCAGAUAAAAACCCUCCCCUCCCUCAUUGCAACUUUACAAAUCCACUUCCAGUAAUUUCAGAUUAAAGCAUAAUUGGGAAAAACCUGGAGAUGUGCACCAGCAGCAAAUCUUGUAGAUUUAUGUCUAUAUGUGACAUCUUUCAUAACAUUUAACUCCAUUCAUAUCAAUCGCUAAUGUUUUUGCUUUUGUUAAUAGGUAACACUUCAGCUCAUGAGUUUGGGGGAGGGACAAGUGUUCCAUUGUGCCGAAUGCUUUGGUGUUUUGAUGAGAAAAAACUUGCGUGUGAUUACUGGGUGUUGAGUAGCAUUUAGUAUGCUGACAGUUUAAAGAAAAUGCUUAAUGAAAAAGCUUAAAAUUGCAUGUUACAAAAUUACAUGCAAAUCCACAUUUGAGGUUGAAAUGUUAAGUCUGCGUAGAUGGGUGAUCGUAACUUUGCUGCAGUUACAAAGACUUCUGAUUGCAAUUAUGCUUCUGUGUACACAAUUGAAACUUGAUAAAAAAAAAUGAUUGAUAUAAUUCCAUUAACAGUUCAGUCUGGCUCUGUUUACUUUCUGUGGUUUUGCUCUUCUCUAAUUGUUGAAAUGGAACUGUACACAAUUUAGUGAUAUUUAUAGAAAAUUUGAGCUUUAUUUGCCCAUCAGUUAAUAAAUUCAUCAUAAGCUCUUUAAAUAACUGUUUGGGACCUGCAUUGGGUGCACAGUCACAAUGGAACAUUGAUUUAAGAACUUUUUUCAACUUCUCUGUACUGAUAUUUCAGAAAAUGGUGAACUUCAGGACUGAUAUUCAGAAAAUGGUGAACUUCAAGACCUCUAGUUCUAGAAUUAUAAGAUAGUUAUUCUUUCAGAAACAUCAGAUCAGUUGACUUUGUUUUUUAAUUUGUCACAGAGCUGUAACAAAAGAGUAAUACUUCCCUAUGAAAUAUUCUGAUUCUUAGGAAAUGCAGUUUUCAUUUGCUUAUUGUAACAUUCUUACAAACUUGCAGUUAACUGGCAACUCAUUCCACUAUUGAUUGCCGCACAACCGCUAUAUAAAUUUUUACCAACUUGCUCACUUGACAGUCCUAUGGGAUGCUUGUUUGGGUCAGUGAAUUGUUACCACCUGUCCAAUAAGCUAGUAAUUGUCUUAUCCAAAAAAAAGUCCUCAUUUUUUGCCAUACUUUCCACGAUUAACAGUUGAAAUAAAAUGUAAUUACAUUCUUUUUUAAUGAACUGGAUUCAUUUUACUGCCGAAAGAAAUUAAAUUUCUGAGCCAUUAGACCAUGGCAAAUGCUUUGUUUAUUAGUAUUGAGGAUAUAGGUUUUCUGUUGGUAUGGAAGGUGGCUGGUGUUGGGGAUUCGUCUCUGUUUUUAAAACCUUUUUCCAUAUUUGGUUGUCAGGGAUUGAUAAAGUAUCUGCAACUUUAGCUUAAAGACCUGUUUAGUUCCUAUAUGCAAAGAUUUAUUUUCCUGACCUUUUUAUGUAUUCAGUCAUUGGAAUCUCUAACUUGUGCAUUCCCUAAUAAAAACUUUCCCCACUACUAUGAGAUCCAUUCUUAGAUGACCAAACAUGGUUGACAUUUUAAUGUGAGAUAUUUUCAGAGCUUUUUAAGAACUAUACUUGCGUGGUAACCAAAUGAUUUGCUUUUAGAUUCUGUGAACUUGAUCUUACAAGUUAAUUUGUUGUCUUGCAGAAGAAACUACCUUGAAUAAAAGUCUAUUACUAUGGAA